GCAGAAGCUUGAGAUUUCGAUGAGCAAUGAGUUAUUUCGCUCACUACGGGGAAGAUUGGAUCAAUCGCGAUGUAAACAAUAGCAAUGGUCCUGAUGGCUUGCGUUCAUUCUACUACCUUAUCCAGGAUCCAAAAUGUCUAAUAUUUUCAUUGAUUGGUCUUCAAUUCAAAAUCAAGCCUAUCUAUUCUAAGGAUGAACCCGCUGUAGUUGAAGAAGAUGAACAUCAGGAAAGACUAAGGCCAGGCGACAGGGUAAACAUACCUACAAAUGAUCUAACACUAAUGCAUGAGGCAAUACCCUUCUUGCCAAUUCCAGUCGCGCUAGUAUGCAUGACGAUGAAUGUGAUUUUUCCGGGAACAGGUACAAUACUCUCUGGAAUAAUUGGGCUUUGCCUUGGCCAGCCAAGAAUCAAUGGAAAGGAGGGCAGGCGACUUCAAGCCAUGGUAAGCAACAGCUAG